AUGAAGGGAACAUCAAGCUCUGGUGAAGCUCUUGAUUUGGUGGAUGAGUUCUACUUUUCAGCUCUUCAUGAUGAGGAAGAAGUAUUUCCCAUCUCAGAUGAGAAAUAUGCACAAGAAUUGCAGCUGCAAGAAGCCCUCAUGUCCUCUGUAAUCUCUUCAAUAACUCCCAAAAUUUCUACUCAACCCCCCAAUAGAGAGGAAGAUGUUGAAACCCCCAUGAAAAAACAGAAGGGGAAGGAAAAAGAAACCGGCCAAUCCUCUGAAACUUUCUGCUUGAUCUGCAUGGAUGUAAAAUCAACCCAAGAAAUGUUCACAAACAGUGGCUGCAACCACUCAUUUUGCACUGAUUGCAUUGGAACAUAUGUUGGGACUAAAAUUCAGGAAAACAUUUCAAUGGUGAAGUGUCCUGAUGUGAAGUGCAAAGAAGUGCUGGAGCCACAAUCAUGCCGGUCUAUUAUUCCCAAGGAAGUGUUUGAUAGGUGGGAAAAUGCUCUCUGUGAGUCUCUGGUUUUGGGGUCUCAGAAAUUUUACUGCCCUUUUAAGGACUGUUCUGCUUUGCUGGUGGAUGAUGGAGAGGUUGUGACUGUCUCUGAGUGCCCGAAUUGUCGGAGACUGUUCUGUGCUCAGUGCAAGGUUGCAUGGCAUGCUGGGAUUGACUGUGGGGAGUUUCAGAUCUUGAAUGAGAAUGAGAGAGAGAAGGAAGAUAUCAUGGUGAUGGAGCUUGCAAAGAAGAAGAAUUGGAGGAGGUGUCCCAGAUGCAACUUCUUUGUGGAAAAGACUGAUGGCUGCUUACACAUUACAUGCAGGUGUGGAUUGGAGUUUUGCUACGGGUGUGGAUCAUAUUGGCCUCACAGCCAAUUUUCCAGUCAUGUAUGUUCAACAGCUUGA